AUGGUAUUUGAUGGGAGCAAAAUGAAGUGGGUGAAUCUAAAGACGCUGCCGCUCAAAGCCUAUGGCAAACUCGCCGCAGCGCUUUUCACCACAAUUUUGAUUGUGUGGAGUUUCGAUGCCGCGACCUUAUGGGACUCAUGGAAGACUCACAAAGGUCUCGAGUUCGACGCUCCUGCAAGAGCGCUGUUCACAAUUGCUUCUCACUCCAACAGAGUCCCCAAUCAACUCAACGCCAGCUUAAGCUCAAACUCUCACUGGAUUCAAUUCCCUCAACAACACAACGAAACUGAAACGCUGCUGCAACGGCUGGCCCAGAACGGCACUCACCCCUGCCACGGACUCGAAACUGUUCAAAUUAAAUUCUUGGGCUUUCCCGGCGGCAACCCGGCGAUUCUCCAAGCGGGAAUUGUUCACAGCUUUACGUUCACUGCCUACGACCAGAACGCACAGCCGCGGUGUUCAGGCGGCGACUACUACGAAUCAGAUCUUUCCAGCCCGUCGUGGAAAUCCCGGCCACCGGUGGUGGACAUGGGAAACGGAUCCUACAUCAUAAGCUUCCAGAUCGAUCCACGCCUUGCCGGUCUGUACAGGCUUACGGUAAUCCUGCUCUUCGGGAACUAUAAUGGCCUUCACCGGCGGCCAGAGUGGUGGGCUCGCAGGCGGGAAAUGCUCAGUUUCACGAUCCACUUCACCUGGGAUUCGAACCCUGCACCUCCUCUGCGACGCUGCACUGCUUCGGAUUUUGCAUUAAAUGCCUGGUCUGGAAGAUGGACCCGAGGUCCUCACAAUGAAUCCUGUGAAAUAAACCAUGAAGGGAGGUUCUUGUGCCUGCCCCCGCAGGAGCCUUGCCCUGAGCCAUGGUGUACGGGCUUCCUAAGUGAUCUGGAGAGCAACGGCUGGGUUUAUUCUGCGCACUGUAGCUUCCAUAUCUUUGAUACUCGCGAGGCCUGGAGAUGCCUGGAUAAAAAGUGGCUUUUCUUUUGGGGGGAUUCGAACCAUGGUGACACGAUACGCAAUCUGCUCAACUUUGUGCUUGGGCUUUGGCACAUUAAAGCCCUGCCCCGCCGCUUCGACAAGACUUUCGUCGGCCCAGGUUCGAGGCGCGUCCGCAUCACCAACGUCUUCAAUGGCCACUGGAACGAAACCCUCAACUACCAGGGCCUCUUUUCGCUCAGUAACGAUGGCUUCCGCGAAUUACUGCGAUCUUUUUUCACGGGCACCACUUUGCCGGACGUGAUGAUCAUGAAUUCGGGUUUGCACGACGGCCUCUACUGUAAGGACACUCACCUUUUCGUCAAUGGCGCCGAGAUGACGGCCAAAUUCUGGGGUUCUGUCAUGGACUCCGUCGAUAGACGGGGAUUGAAAAGGCCGGUUUUUCUCUACCGAAGCACCAUUGCCCCGGGCGGUUACGCUCGUGGCUUCAGUGAUAAUCCGCACAAGAUGGAGACGUAUAAUCGCAUUCUGUUGGAGAAGUUGCAGGAGAGGAAUUUGAUUUCUAUGGUGGUGGAUAAUUUCGAUCUUACUUUUCCCUGGCAUUUUGAUAAUAAUUGCAGCGACGGUGUGCAUUACGGCCGUCCACCUGCCAAGGCCGUUUGGCGUGAUGGCCAGAUUGGCCACCAGUAUUUUGUUGAUCUGAUGCUCAUUCACAUUCUUCUCAAUGCAAUCUGCAUGCCGUAA